AAUUACCAAGAUACAAUGUUAUAAUUAUUGCAAGAUGUAACUUUUUCUAAAGAUAUUUUAGAAAAAAGUUUUCUUAAUAAAAAUUGGAAAGAUUUAAAUAAAAAAAUUGGGAUUUACUUAAGCAUGGAGAGUGAUAUUAUUUAGAAUAGCUAGCUUUCAUUUAAAUUGAUCUCUUCAAUAGUUUGGCACUACUAUAGAUGUAAAGAAAUGUCUUGCUCUUGUAAUAAAUCAAAUACUUGUCACAUAUUUUCAUCGAAUUAACUGGCUGUUAAUGUAGAACACUUUCAUGAAUAUCUAGAAUUUUUGAUUUAGGCUCACAUUAAACAGGAUAAUUUUUAUCAAAUAAGUAAUAUAUACAUAUUUAUAUAAUACCUUAGCUAUCUGAUACAUCGAAAUAAAUUUACUGAUGUUGCUGGAAAAACUACUUAGUUAAUUAGAGAAAAAAUAAGGGGGAAGCUUUAAAUGGGCUUCUUCCUUGAUGUUCAAGUUGAAGCUCUUCUUAAAAUUUCUAAAAAUUUGAUGACUGGAAAUUUCUAAAGUAAGAUAAUUGAAUAAAAAUAAUCUACAGCCUUUCUCUAAGCUGAAAAAUUUUUAAAAGCCGAGUCCACUCUUAAAAACCUUAUUGGAGAAGUUGGUGCUUUAAUUAUGUUGAAGAUAAAACUCUAUGAACAAAUGAAGCAAGGAUUUGAUAGUUAUUACCACCUAAUUAAGUAAGCUUAGCACUACCUGGAAAAGAUCAAUUAAAUGGAGUAAUAAUUAAUAUAAUUUCAUGAUUUUGCUUCUUAUAGUGUAAGCAAAAAUUUAUUAGUUUACUUCUAUCUCAACAUUUAAGGAGACUUUAGAAAAGCAAAGUCGUCAUAAAAGCUUCGCUGUGUCAAUAACGCAGAAAGACCUAUUAUGAAUGAGGUACUAAUGGCGUUCUCAAAUCAGGUUGUCACUAUCACAGCAAGUGUAGGCAAAGACUACGGGAGCAUUUUAAAAUAUUCUUAAUAUGCUCCUUAAUUCUUUGGAUAUAACGAAAGCAAUUUUUUUCAAGUUAAGAGAAUAGAAUAACUAAUGCCUAAUUUCAUUUCAUGUAAGCAUGAGUUGCUGGUUGAUCAUUUUAUCUAAACUGGAGAAUCUAGUGUUGUAAGAGAAAAGAGAAUGGUAUUAAUUAAAAAAAAUUUAGAUGUUUUAUCUGCUGCUUAGCUGUUUCUAUGCUUUAACUUUUGCUACCUAGAUGAUUUUGUAUUUACUGCAUUUUUUUGUGAACCUGAAAUCAAAGAUUAUAAUCCAAAAAAGGAAAUCAUAUUAGUUUUUGAUUAGUAAAUGAAGCUAGCAGGCCAUAAUGAAAGCUUGCUUUUAAGAUUAGGAAUGUAAAAAAUCAGUAAAAGACACUUAAGUAAAAUAGAAUUAUAAGAAAUUUUUCCUGAAAUAGAUAUAGUCGAAAUUAUUGAUAGUGAAGCUAUUGAGUAUUAGAAUGCUAAAUUUUAAUUUCCUUUAUUUAAUAAUUAGUAGGGAUCUGUAACUAGUAAAUCAUAGAUUGGUACCUAAUCAAACAGAUCAUUUAAAACAAUUUAAAGUGGUAAUACAACAUUAUUUAAACAGUAAGAUUGGUGUCUAUAUAUAUGUGAUAUAAAGUUGGUGAAUUUUUAUCGUAAGUUUAGAAGUGGAGAAGUUCUUUAGUAUUUUGUAUGCACACUUAAAGAUUUAAGAGAAGAAGCUCUAAAUAGCGACGCAGAUUCUACGGUAGAAACAGAUUUUUCUGAAUUCGAGUAAAAUAAUGAAGAAAUUAAAUAAUCGGCUGAUUAAUAACACUCUAGUUCACAUAGCUCUGAUCUGCUUGAGGAAAAAGAAAAUGAUAAAGAUUAAAAAGAAAAUUCAAAAUUAGAAUAAGCUAAACAAAUACCAGUCAAUAAGCAAAGAAGAGAGUCUUGUAAAGUUGUCUAUAAAUUUGGUCAAACUGAAAAAAAAAACUUAGAUGAUAAUGAAAAUGGCAUUUUAUAACAAUCAAAUACUAGCUAAGAAUAACAAUUAAAUAAACAAGUGUCAGACAUUCUAAAAUUCUAAUAAAUGUUAGCUGAAAAAGAAGCUGCUUAAACUCUUUAAAAAAAAAAAUAGAAAAAUGAAAAAAAUAAAUAAAUACGUUAAAAUGUUUUACAAAGAACCUCUAUUGAUGAGCAAAUUAUUAAGUCGAAAAACAAUAAAAGAGAAGAAAAUAAAGAGCUUGCAGAAAAAAAAGAAAAACUUGAAGAAAUAUAAGAAAAUUAGAGAAAAGAAUAAGCUGAAUAAGCUGAAAAAAACAAGAAGAAGAAAAAGCAUGAAACUCAAGAGUUUAAUAAAUUUAAGACAAUAUCAAAAAAAUAAUCUCUAUUAAGCAUAGAUAAAAGUGAAUUUCUGCUUAAAUAGAGGAUAAACAUUAAAAAACCUGAAGAAAGAAUUAGAUAAAAUCAUAUUAAUAAUAAAAUGCAAUCAGUAGAAGAGGUAGAUGAGAUAGAAACUUUUUAGUAACCAAUUAAAUAUAUUCAAAAACAAAUUUCACAGUAAUUAAGGAGCAGAGAUUUAGAUUAGAAAAAUUAAAUAUAGAACUCUUUAUUUAAAUUUAAAACAUAAAGAUCUGCUUAGGGAGAUAUUUUUUAAUAAAAUUCUCCUUUAGUAUCUAAUAGAACAGCAAUUACUACAAUUGAAAGCGAAAUAGGAGUAAAUAGAGAUAAAAUUUACCAGACAAACGAAAAGAGAAAAAUUGAAUAAGAAAAUACCUAAAAGCUUGCAGAAGUGGGCGUUGAAAAUUUAAAUUAAAGUGAAAUACCUGAAAUUAAAGAAGUUAAAGAAGAAAACUUGAAAGAGAAUUCUAGCAAAGAUAAUAGUUUAAAUAUAAAAACUGAUGCAAGAGAUAGUUAGAGCUCUGAGUAAACAAAUUUCUAGUCGAUGCAAAAACUAAGAAGAAGCGUGUUUAAAAUUACUGAGUAAAUAAAAGAAAAAAAUAAAAGCAAAAAAAAACAAAAAUUCUUCGAUAACUUCUUCGAAAUGCAAUCAUUAAACGACGAUUAAAAGGGAGAUAUGAUCUAAUAAAUUAUAGCUGCCUUACUUAAAAAAAAUGACACACGAGCAAGUGUAAUGGAAAAAUAGUUGUUAGAAAUGGAGCCUUAAUAACUGUUUUAGAAAUAUAAUUAAAUUUAUUACGAUAACUAUGCAAAAACUAAGAAAGGAAAAGAAAAUCUUUCUCAUGUCUUUAGUGGCGAGUCACAAUCUCAUCAAAUUAUUAUUUAAAAAAGCGAGGGCAAUUCAAAAUAAUUUGAUGAAAGAUAUGAUUUUAAAAAAUAUGAAGAUAACAUGAGUAUUAUAGAUAAAUACAUUAAAAUAGAUUCUAUAAAUUUUAAAUUAAGUUUUAUUAAAUUAAUCAAAAUAAUUGAAUUUGCAUUGAUAAUAAUUGGAAUCACAGUUUCAAGUUCAAUACAAAAAAGCUGUUAAAAUAAUUUUUAUUAACAAAUCAACAUAGUAAAAUCUCAAACAUCAUAUUUAGAUUCUCUCAACGAAUUUACAGCUUUAACUAUCCUUGUAGAUACUUAAAGUGAUCAAUUUGCAUCAAGUGCUUUGUCGUAUUUUAGUUAACUUUAUCUAUUAUAAAUGCAGUAAUAUAUGGAUUUAGGUUAUAUAGUAUAGCUUUAUGAAAAUUCAUAAAUACCUUACUACUAACCAUAAUUAUCUGACGAAAGUAGUAGCCAAUUAAGUAUCAGUUACAGAAAUGCAUUCUUUUUAAACUUUUAAUACCUCUAAAAUAAAGAAUAGAGAAGUCAUUUUUAUGUAGAUAUUUUUCAAUAAUACACUGAAAAUAUUGUUCAGUUGGUAAAUGAUAAGUUAGACUCCUUGUCAAGCGAUUUAAGUUCAUUCUAAUAGUAAAUUAUAGUACUAUUUAGCUGUGUAUAAGUGUGUGUCGUUGUGAUAUUCUUUGUUGGAGUUUGGGUAUUUUAUUCUUAUCAGAAAAAUCAGAGAUAACUGUAAAAGUUGAUAUGCAAUGUUCCACUAAAAUAAAUUGAUAUUGAAAGAGUCCAUUUAUUGAGAGUAAAAAAGAGCUUAGAAUAAAAUAAUUAGAAUGAGUUUUAGAGUUUUAAGUUAUUAUCCUUUAGAGAUGAGAUUUAUAAAAGGUUAGAGGAAUUUGAUUAGUAGUAAAGGUAGAUAACAAGUUUUAGUCAAUCCUAUAACUUAGACAUUAAAAAUAAGUAAAAGAGAUGUAAUAAAACUAGCAACUUUAUUGCAAUUAAAAGCAAAAAGCAUACAGAAGUGAGUUUGUUUGUCUCAAUAUUAAUGGUUUGUUUAAUCUGUUAAAUCAUACCAAGUAUAUUUAUGCUCUACACUAAUUUAAUAUUUAUUGGAGAUCUCCCUGAUUCAAAAUUUUUUUACUAAAAACUUUCAAAUAUAUAAAACUCCCUAACAUGUCUAAAUACUCUUAAUAUUUUAUAUUAAAUUGAUUACAGCCAAAACUUAAAUAAAUAUUUUAAUUUGUUUUAGCAAUCUCUUAAUUAUAUCUCUCAAUAUGAGUCUAUUUUAUUUCAAGAUAAAACACUUUAUCAAGGUUUAUUCACAGCUUCCCAAAUAGAGGCAUUGAAAGAUUAAAUUUUGAAUGAAAAUAUAUGUGCUAACUUACCUCAAAAUAUUACAGGCUUUAAUUAACAAGAAGGGUAACUUACAUAAAGAUGCUCUAAUAUUUUUGAUGGUAUAUUAUUGCAAGGGUCUAAGCUUACUUUCUCUUUUCUCUAUAAUAGAUAUAGUAUUUUCUCUUAUUAGUAAAGUAAUUAUUUAUAAGAGAAUAAAAACAAUGAACUAACAUUCUAUGUUUAUUAUCAUGCAUAGGCAAUAUUAGCUACGAUAGAAGGAUACUUUUAAACUUAUUUUGAUUCUAACUAAACAAGACUCAUAUUGUUGUUAACAAUUUCAUUAAUAGCACUAGCAAUAGUAUAUCUGGCUGUAAUUCUCGUAUAUUUUGAAUAACUAAAAAGAUAUUCAUAAAUUACUAAAUAAUUAAUAUAUUUGAUUCCAUUUUCAACAAUUUAAAUUGAAGAGUCAUUAAUUAAGACUAUCAAAAGAUACUCAUAAUAAAACCGUCUUAACUCUUGA